AAAUAUUCGAAAAUUGCAUGCAGGUGCGGCAAGUGAAGAGAGUCCACGCCAGGGUAUCGACAUUGUUGAGCACGCGAGUGGGUGGCGCGUGGGAGAGGUUUGCGCAUAGCAAAGCAAUAACACAGUGCGACGACAUAGCGCACUUGUUUCGUUGAUCACCGUUCUUCACCUGCCGGUGACGGAAUUCAAAACACCCGCCUCUCUCUCUCUCUCUCUCUCUCUCUCUCUCUCUCUUUCUGUCACCAGAAUCUGUUCCAUUCAUCUUCUCUGGUUUCGAUUCCAAUUCGCUGGGGGAAAGAAUUCGAUACAGCGUUUUCGUAAUUGUGUAGUGGAAUUUCGGGGGUAUCUGGUCUCUUUGUAUUGCUUCGUUUUCACGUUUUUUUUAUUUGUUGCGUUACUUUACUCCAUAUCGUAUCGCGUUGCAUUUCCCUAACUCCUCUUCCCUCCGAUGCUUGCUACGCUGGUUUUGCUACCAACUCUGUUUCUCUUUCUCACUCUUUUUUUAAAAAAAAAAUUCAGUUUGUUGUUUAUUCAAUCAAUUUUGAUCCGUGCAAUAUCGUUUGUGAUGUGGUAUCAAUUUGCAUGCCUAUUCCUGUGACUAUGACUAUGACUAUGAAUUGCUUUCAUCUUUUCUUUAUGUGUUUUCAUCAUCGGUUUAUGCGUUCCUUUUUUAUGUGUGUGUGCGUGAGAGAGAGAGAGAGAGAGAGAGAGCGCUAUAUUCAAUUAGCACCCUUAUCUUUACAAAUAGGUGAAUUCACGAGUGUUAGAAUGAAAGAUGAUUAUGAAUAUGAGGAAGCUAUGCUCAUGCUCUGUACUUCAGUUUAGCUUAUGAUAAAACUUGUUAAUUUGUUAGUUUUUGUUAGUGGGAACGAUUGAAUCCGUGACCUUUUUGUCCUUUCUUUCUUUCUUAACCAUCCAACCAACCCUAUAUAUCUCGAGAGUCAUGGUCAUAGGUAUGUUGCAAAAAUGAAAAAUCAGGGCUGAUAAUUUCACUCUGUAUCUGAGGUUUAUUGGACUGCCAUGUGUCAUUUGUAGAGUAGGUAUUGUGUAAUUUGAGAGUAAGUUAACAAUCCUAUGGUUGUAUAAUGAUCACAAGAGGUGGUUCCUCGUUGCGAGUUUAUCUUCUGGUACUUCAGAGCUUGAAACCUCUUCACAGUUUCAUUUUCAUUUCUCUAACUGGACUGAACAACAUAGGGUAAGGUAGAUGAUAACUUUAACUUGAUUAUCAGUUUCUUUUACUGCAAAUGAAAAUAAAUACCUGACUAACUUAUCGAUCAAACAAGUCUGGUUUUGAAUAGGGGAGAGAGAGAGAGAGAGAAAGUGGUUGUGACUUCAUUCUGGACCUAAAUCACUGUGAACUAGAAUCAUUAUCAGCCAUUGAAUUGUUGAAUAUCUAUCUUACAUUGAAACUCAGGUUUGUGAUCAAGUGCAAUGAUGAUUUACAUUUAGUAUGUUUCUGUUUUUGUUUUCAGGAUUCAGCAUGCUUUUUAUCUAGUCUGUCUUUGAUGAUGAAGUUUUAUAAUCUUCAGAAGUUCUUAAUAGUGAGUUGCUUUCUUUUUUGACUAACUUUUUAUAUUACAGACUAGAGUAUUUUUUUCCUUUCACAGAUCUGAAGAUUGAUGACAAAUAGUCUGGUUUGGGUACCAGUAACAAAAAUCAAGGAAAUAAUGGAAGCACAUCCUACUUUCUCCAUUGAAAGAUCAAAGCAACUCAAUAACAUGGGGAUGUCUGGAGCACUUUCUUCAUCCUUGUCAAUCCUUCCAAUACCCCCAGAAGAGAUGUUUCCCAAGCUGCCUCAAUCACAAUUGGAUUUUGUAGAACAAGAGCUUAUGACAAGACCUUUUACUCAUUCAAGUUAUUUAAAUUCCGGUGGAGUAGUUGGGCAUAUUUUUUCGUCUUCCCCUGGAUAUUCAACUGAUCUUCAUCACUCAUCUCUUUCACCUGAUGAAAAACACUCUACUAAUGCUCAUUUGAUUUCACAAUCAUCAACUAACAUCACCCAAUUUCCAUUAUCAUAUUCUUCAAAUACUGGACCACCAACUUCAGCAACACCAAGCCAUUAUUCCAAAGAAAGCAGUGUUUCCUGGCAUACAGAUUCCCUGCCAAGCUUUCUGGAUUUUCCUGAAAAUGGCUCUAUUGAUAAUAAUCGGGUAGAAAGUAGUGCCUGCCCUAUAAUGGCAUCUGAGGAGUAUUCUAAGCAAAAUGAUUGGCAGGAGUGGGCUGAGAGGCUAAUCAGCGAUGAUGACACUUUGACUACUAAUUGGAAUGACCUUCUUGCUGACAACAUUCAAGAUCUUGAGCCAAAGAUUCCAGGACAUCAAUCCCAAGGUCAUCAACAACUUCCUGCUUCAUAUGGAGAGAAUUGCAUUGGUGCUGCCCUCUCUUCCUCAGCAAAUUUUGCUCCUGCUAAGUCACGAAUGCGUUGGACACCAGAACUUCAUGAGGCGUUUGUGGAGGCUGUCAACCAACUUGGGGGGAGUGAAAAAGCUACUCCAAAGGGCGUGCUGAAGCUCAUGAAAGUUGAAGGAUUAACUAUAUAUCAUGUUAAAAGCCAUUUGCAGAAAUACAGGACAGCUAGAUAUAGACCGGAGUCAUCUGAAGGAGUUAUGGAGAAAAAAACAAGUUCCGUUGAAGAGAUGGCAUCUCUAGAUUUGAGAACUGGUAUUGAGAUCACUGAAGCUCUACGACUACAAAUGGAGGUUCAGAAGCGGUUGCAUGAACAGCUUGAGAUUCAAAGAAAUCUACAGUUGCGAAUAGAAGAACAAGGAAGGUACCUCCAGAUGAUGUUUGAGAAGCAAUGUAAACCUGGAAAUGAAACGUUCAAGGCACCAUCAUCUAUCAUUGAGACUCCAUCUGGGGGGUCUUCAAAUGCUACGAAAGAUUCCCUUGCCAAAAAUGAAAUGGAAGCAUCACAAGUGAACCAUGGCAGGUCAGGACCUGAUCAGGUUAAGGGCAGUACGACAUUUGAGGAAGGCUCAUUGGAAAAGUGCGGGAAGCCUGAUUCUCCCAAAACUGAACAUGCUAUUGCUAGUGAAGAUAGUGCUCAAGCCCCGAAGCGUCAAAGAACUGAGUAAGCCAUAUGAAUCUGCUGAAUCACAGUAUCAACAGUGAUACUACAAGACAAUACUGAACCAUGAAAGAUUUCAUUUAAGAAAGAUUAGGCUGAAUGAUUGGUCGAGAUCCUAACUUAUGAGUUCCUCCUCUCCAAUUGUGGUCAAUGAGUACAAUGUACAUUUAGCAAAAAGGUGGUCGCCUCAGUUACUUGAAAGGCUGAUGUUAGUUUUGCCGUUAGAAAUCCUCCUUGGUAGAGAGUUUGUAAAUAUCAGUAUCACUGUAAGCCAUUACUAAACUUGUGCACACUAUCUAUCCUUAGAAUGCGGAACCCCCUUCCUGAGCUCUAUACUUUAUGCCCCAGAAAAAGAAAAUAAAAAACAAUGAGUCAAGUCAACGAGCUUGUAGCUCAACUUGAUGAUAUCCGAGGUUCAAUAGGGCACUUUCUUUUUUCUCUAUUUCCUUGCACCACUAAUGUGAAAGAGUAGAUAAUAAAAGUGACGAGUCUAAAGUUUUGAUC